AUGCAGCCAAAAAAUAUGAGGUUCCCCCUGAUUCUGCUGCCCCUCGCCCUGGCACAGAGCCUGUCCCUGCCGCCCCCCGAUGAGCUGCUGAUGGACGGGGUGGCCCUUUUCUCCCGGGGAGACUGGUCCGGGGCCCGGGACCGACUCUGGGGGGCCCUGCGGAGCCUGAGGGAAGUGCGGGGGGCCCGGCUACGCUGCGGGGAGGAGUGCGGGCCCCGGGGGGCCCAUCUGGAGGAGCUGGUGCUGGAGAGGGCCGACUGCCUCCUGAGCUGUGAGAGGCUGCAGCUGGGGCAACCGUCCCUUUACCGACUGACCCAGGAGACCGAGAAGAUCUUCCUGAGGGGGGCGCCCUACAACUACCUGCAGCUGGCGCACUACAAGUUGGAGGAGUUGGAUGAAGCUGCAGCUGCUGCAUUUACGUUCUUCACAAGGAAUCCGCACCAUGAGCAGAUCCAGGAUGAUCUCCAACGUUACCGAAAGAUGAAAGGGGUUCAGCAGCAGAGCCUUCGAGACUUGGAGGAGCCUCCUUACAGGACACUCUUCUCCCAGGCCAAGUCUUUGCUGUCUCAGGGUAAACUGGCUUCUGCGGUACUGAAACUGGAGGAGUCAUUAUCCGCCUGUUUGUCUGCGCUUCGUGAGUGUCGUACCCUCUGUGAGGGAACCCGAGAGAAGGAGAACCAAACUCACCAAGAGAUAUCCGAGGUGAUUGCAGAUUAUUACACUCAGGUAUUGCAAUGUAAGCAGCGCUGUAUUCUAGAUCUCACCUUGGUGCCGGGGCGCAAACGUCCAAAGCAAGAUUCCAUUGUGUCUCAUCUGCAAUUGCUGGAGGACACCUACUCCCAGCUUGGAGAAUGGGAGUCCGCUACAGAGAUCGCCAAAUCGUUAUUACUCUUCCACCCUCAUAAAGAGUCCAUUAUGAAGAAACUGCAGCGCUAUAACAACAAACUUGGAGAAAAGACUGGAGGAAAAACCACGAGAGAGCAUUGUGUCAUACGUGCGUCAGUCAUUGGCAGAGAAGAAGCUAUUGUAUUAUGCCAUGGAAAACCUGGACAUCCCGUUUCCAGAUCAGGAUCUAUGGACGCCGGAAGAUAUUGUCCCAGAGAGUCUACGGGACAGAGUCAGGGCAGAGAGAGCAGCAGCGGAGGAGGCUGGAGGAGAUCUGCCCUAUGAUGAGGUAUCUGUCACACUCACCCCAAGACAGAUGAAUGGAACAGUCAGGGUCACUCUCGAUGGUGUCUUCAGUAAGGAUGAGUGUGAGUCUCUGCUCAGUCUGGUUCAGGAAGCUGAAGCCUCAGGAGAUGGGUUUAAAGCUAGACGGUCAUCUCACACCCCCCGAGAGAAGAUCCAGGCCUUGACUGUACUGAGAGCACUACAGAUGGCGUCGGCAGGAGCAGUGGACACGACCCGGGCGCAUCUAUUUUAUUAUGCCGGUGAGCGAGCUCGGAUCCUGGCGCAGUCGUAUUUUGAAACGAACCCUCUGCACUUCUCCUACACUCAGCUGGUGUGUCGGACGGCCAUUGAAGGAGAACAGGAGGGUCGCACAGAUGUCAGUCACCCCGUUCAUGCUGAUAACUGUAUUCUGGACACUGAGGAGAAAGCUUGCUGGAAGGAGCCGCCUGCAUACAUCCACAGAGACUACAGUGGGAUGCUUUACUUGAAUGACGACUUUCAAGGAGGAGAUCUCUUCUUUACGGAGCUGGAUGGGACAACGGUCACGGCGGAGGUCCGGCCUCAGUGCGGCCGCCUGGUGAUGUACGGCUCCGGAGGAGAGAAUGCCCAUGGGGUGCGGGCAGUGACCGGGGGUAGACGGUGCGCCAUCGCGCUGUGGUUCACGGAGUCAGCGGAACACGCAGAGCAGGAACGACAUCAGGCAAAGAUUCUGGUAAAAGGUGACACCAAUUUGAAGGAGCAGAAAGAACAGGAAGAAUCCAAGACAGCAAGACAGACCAGAAGGUCACGGACAUCUUCAGACGAUGAUGAGCCUGAAAAGCCCUCUGGUCGGCAACAGAGAGGAGAACAGCUAGAAAAAUUAAAGAUGAACUUUGA